AUGGAGGUCCCUGCUCUUGAGGACUCGAUGGAAAUGGCCUCGCCCUACCAGGGUCAGGCCGAUGACUUCGAUAUCGAUAUCGAUCUGAUGGAAGAUCAUCCCUCCAACAUGGACAGUGACAUGGUGGGCGCUGAUGAUUUUCCGAACACGUCCCAGCCUUCUCUCUUCAACGAUGCGAUCAAUGAUGCCGAUAUGGCCGAUGAAGAACCUUCCGAAGGGUCGAUGGUCGAUGCUGACAAUUUUGUCGAUGAAGAUCACGACAUCGAAGUCCAGGACGACGCUGUUACCUACGAAGCAGAUAUGCUUGAGGGUGAUCAAGACGAAGAGAUUGUCGAAGCUGUUCCGACUAUUCAGAUCGAAGAUGCGGCCAGUAAUAAUGACGUGACCCACCACACCGACCAAAAUAUCACCGACCAAGCCGAAAGGAUUAUCGGAUUGACCCCACAAGCUCAAGAGCUACAACCCCCAUCGGCUCCUCCCACAAAUGAGGCAGAAGUCCUACAGCAUGAUCAAGAGCUUCAACCUCAACUCACGCUCGACCAGCCGGAGCAGCACGAUCAAGGGACCUCUUUGGAGCCAGAGCCAAAGCCAGCCGAACAGGAUCAGGCCGACAAGCCCAAUGAACCCCACGGCACUGCUGCUGCUGCCAGUGUUGACAUCGAUCAGGCAAGCCUAGAUGAAGGAGCUAAUGCCACCACAGAGGAUAAGGCUGUGACUGCCGAGACGCAGCCUGGUCAUCAAGAAACAUCUAUCACUGAAGACACUGAAACAAAGCAGGCUGUCGAAGUCCAGUCGUCUUUCGCUCCAGCCAUCGACAAUAAUUCCGAGCAUCCUGAACACCAGGAUGUAGACGAAUCUCACGGGGAAUCUCAUGAGGACCAGCUGCAUAGCAGCAGUGAGAAUGAAUCUUUACACCCAGUUAAGGUGCUUUACCAGGAUAAUGAGAUCUCUCUUUUUCCACCGCUUGAAGGUGACUCGGCAGAGACCUUCUUCUUGCACGAUGAGGAUGUCGCGUAUGACAGUGUCGGCAAAUUGUUCAGCUCUCUUCGUGAGGUGCUUCUAGAUAAUGUUGCGGAUGACGAAGUACUUGUUAUUGAUAUCGAUUCGCUUGGUAUUCAACUAACAGAGGACUCGACGCACAAUUCUAAGAUGACCUUGCAUCAUAUUCUGGAGAUUUACACCCGGCUCAGUCAAAAUGAUGGCACCAGCGAGCCCGAUGCGCUUUACCUCACUCUUGGAAGCAAAAUCUCUGCUCAUUCCGAGCUGGCUGGUCUUGACUCUGCUGCACAUGAAGGCAAAGGUCUAUCUCAAAUUCAUGCGUGGGAUGUGGACUAUGAAGAUGCUGGUCACGAAGACGUGCCUGUGCAUGAAGAAGAUUCUUCUGCAGGAGAUUCGUUCGCCGGCAAACCUCAGACGGAGAAGCCCCUUGAAGUGGACGAAAUUGGCCAGAAUGAAGCCGAUGCCCAAGAAUCGGCGGCCCCAGCUGAGGCUCAUAAGGACUUUGUCCCCAACAAUCAGGAGACCGACGCCGCACUUGCAGAAAAUGAGCACCAUUUAGAACAAGAAAAAAAUGCCACAGCUGAGGAGACUCAUGAUACAGAGGCGAAUGACUCUCACCAUGGAGAUAAAACAAAAGAGCAUGAUAGCUUUGAAGACCCAAAGACCGAAUCCUCCGCUACCAUCAGUUUACUGCCAGAAUCCACUGCGCAGCUCGCAGAUGCAUCUGUGGACGUGAAUGAGGCUGCCCCGGAACAUGCUGAACAAAAAUACCAAGCCGAUGACGACAAGAGUGGGCAAGACUUGAACCACAAAACAUCUGCUUUGCAAGGGGCCGAUGAGCAUGAGCAGGACCAGAACCCUGAAGAGUCUCAAGAUGAAGUUUCAUAUGAGGAAACGGAGGCGCCCGGAACCGUAGUUGACACCGAUGCUAUUGAUCUCACAUGUACCCACGAUGAAGGACUUGUCGACGCACCUAAUGCUCGAACCGAAAACCAGGAAGCGACAGCCGACGAAGGCGAUGACCAUGAAUCCCUGGGAGAAUCCGAUUCAACGGUGGAUAAUGCGCCGCAGGAGGAAGGCGCUGGAUUCGAAGAGCACGAUCUAGAUCCCGAGGACGACUUGCUUGGUAUCGCUGAAGACGUGCUGCAGACUACUCAGGGUGAUUACGAUGAUCACCUUGAGAAUUCCGAAGAUGAUUUGACCACACCUCCCGGCGAAGAAGUCGAUGGUCAUGAACCCCAUACCGGCGAGGACGAAGAGGACGACCUGUAUGCGGACUUCGAAACCUCGGAGACCAUUGAACUGGGCGAAACAGAUCACUCCCUUGCUGACUCCCAACCCCACGAUAAUACGUCUACCAAACGAUCUCGAGAGGAUGACGAGUGGGACUUUGCGGACGCCGACCCCGAGCUCAAACGCCGUCGACCCUCGUAA